UUGUAGGGGUGUGCACACGCAGAUGUAGCACAUUGGAUGUAACAGAUAUACUAGAUGGGACUCGUAUCUCUUGCAGCUUUACCCUUUUCCAAUAAACCCGCCCUACUUCCGCACGUGCGCAGAUUGUACAUCCGGAAUGCUGAACGGCGGUAGAUGACGAAUUAAAACGGGCCCGUGAUAACUGAAAAUAAGUAAACAUUUACGCAACUAGCGGGAGACAUUUAAAGAUCUAGUCCACCCACUAAAACAAGAUGUCUUAUUGCAAGAUUUGCAAGUUGAAAUGUAACAACAAUACGCAAUUAAAGUCCCAUUUGAAGGGAGCUAAACACAGAGCGAGAGUGGAAGAGAUUGCUAAGAAUGCUCAAAAAUGGAGGUCUCUGGAGCAGUACCUUAAAAAUACCAAACUUAAUGAGCCUGUGAUUGGUCUACAGUUUGUAGUUGAGUUCCGUAGCCCCAAUGACGAGCUGCCUCCACAUUACUUGUGCAAGCUGUGUGAAGUCCAAGCAAAGCAGCUAGGCUUUGUUACUCACAUCACUGGCUGGAAACAUCGUUACAAUUACAUGAAAAAGAAACAUGCUGAUAUGGUACCGUUUGAUGAAACACAAGUCAAGGAUGCGCGAAUGCACAAGACAAUUCAAGAGAAGGCAGAGCUUGUUGAGCAUUUGGAAGGAAGGGGUGAAAUAGAGGUUGUUAUAGAAGAGCUGAAAGAAGAUCCAGCUUUAAAGAGACCAAUCACUGAACCUGAAGCAAGGGAACCAGGAGCAAAGAUCCCAAGGGUGGAUAUGUCAAGAGGUCAGCUUAACGGUGGGAGAUUUCCUAAUGAUGGCCCAGCGGGAAUGCACCCACGUGAUUUUCCAGGGGGGAGGCACCAGGCUGAUUUUCCAGGGGGAAGGCACCAGGCUGAUUUUCCAGGGGGAAGGCACCAGGAUGAUAUUCCAGGGGGAAGGCUCAAAGAAGACUUUCGAGGUGGAUUGCAUCCAGAUAAUUUUCCAAGUCAGAUGCAUCCCAGAGAUUUUCCCAGUGAUUUUCACACUAAAAUGACCCGUGAUGAUUUUCCGGUUGGUAUGGCUCGUGAAGAUAUUCCCGCUAGGAUGCACUCUGAUGCUUUUCCAAGUGUGGUGUACCCAGAUGACCGUGAAAGAAGAUAUCCUGAUGAAUUGCCUAGUGGAAGGUACCCUGAAGGCCCUCUUAGAGGGGAGAGGAUGAGGCUGGAAAUGAGCGACUUUGAAAGUAGAUGCUCCGACAUGAGAAGUGAGUUUGAAAUGCACCUCACCAGAAGACAAGGAAUGGAUCGCAUGGCUCCAAUGGAGGAUGAAGGCGUCUACACCAGAGGUUCUGAAAGUGGUUUGGCAAGUUCGGCAGUCUUUGAAUGCCUGGAAAGCUUCCGGAUAGAAAAUGAGACUGAUGCACAGGUUGUCCUGAAGAUCACACAGAAACUGACUGACAUACUAAUGGAGUAUCGGCUGAGAAAUGUUGCAGCACCUAAAAAUGAGCAGCCCCCUGAUCCUCGGGAAUAUCGUCCGAUGAGAAUGUCUGGGGGAGAUGGCUAUCCAAGAGGUCCAUCCAGAUAUCCUGAUGAAUUCUCACCAGCUUCCAGGAACACGUCGGGGAUGUCCCUGUUCUGAUUGGACAGAAUAAGAAAGCGGAACAGCCUCUACAAUUCACGUGGAUCUAAAGGAGUUAUUGCAAGUAAAGGCAAUGGCGAAAUGAACACCAGAACAUUGAUUUGGCAGAAGUUUUUUUUCCUAAUGAUUUUUUUUUUACUAGGAAUACAUCUUUUAAACCAAAAGCCACCUUUAUUUUAUGCUAGCAAUUCCUGUUUAUUUUUCAAAACAUCUGUACAGUAGUAGUAUUUCACUCUUAAUCAGUUGACCAACUAGGCUAUUUCUUUUGUAUGGUAAAAAAUGAUCUGCAUCUGUGAUCAAGGUAGUACUUGAUAUUCAUUUAGUUGUUGUGGUUUUUUUUUUGAGACAUUUAUGGAUUAAAAUAUCAGGUGCAACUGAAAAAAAAUAUAUAGCCAAGGUGUUUUUUUAUGUUUUAAGUUUGUUGAAGUACUUUUCCAUUGUCUAUAUAUACAGAUACAGUGACAGAUAUAAAAUGUUCAGUUUACAACCAAUGUAGAAUGGGGCCUCGCUACUCUUGUGAGAGGACUUGCUCUUUUAAAAAGAUGUAUUUGAAGAGUGGGCAAUUGUCACUUCAUAAAUACCAAUAUAUUCAGUAAGCAAGCUACUGUAAGUAAGGGGCAACAACUGUCACACCCCCAAGCACAACAAACAAACAAGGGAGUCUCAAACUUUUUGGGAACUACUUUACAUGGUACAUGAAAUGCACGGUUUGUCAAGUUCAAGGAAGCUGAAUAUUUAAUGCAGUGCUGUAUAUCGUCAGAAAUGCGAUUCAAAUGUUAAGCUGCCUGUUCAAAAUGGUUGUGAACUAGUUCUGCUUGUAGUUUUUAUUACGUUCUAUCAUUGCUGUGUUUUUUUGCCAGCUGAAUGUUUGAUUAACUUUUUACUGCUCUUUUUCGAAACCAGUAAAGUUUUAUUUCAUGA